AUGGCAUCGGUGGACGAUCUCAAGCAACCCUACUCCACUACUUCCCCGUCCCCAAUCGACUUACCACAGCCACCACCACCACCCGCCGCCACCAACACCGCCGCCGCUGCCGCCAACAUUUCCGCCCCCGCGAUGCGCCCUUCCCAGUCCUACCUUGCGCGUGUCGCAUUCCUAAUCCUCGCGGCGCUGACGUCCGCAUCGUGGUUCGUCGAGCCGUUCGCCGCCGCUGCAGGCAACCUUCGCCUGCCCAUGCCCGCCGCCGCCGCCGCCCCCGUUAUCGUCCUACUCUUCGCAGCGCUCUUUUACGCUUCGAUCCACUUCUUCAGAUCUUUUUUCCUGGCACGUCCACCGGUUGCCGCGAUGCUCCAGUGGGAGAGGAUCGGUGCCGUUGGGGCCGGGUUUGCCGCCUGCCUCGUCGCAGCUGGCGGAUUCGCGUAUCGGUACGAGUACCCUCCAGCCCGCAGUUGA